AUGGCCGAAAAAGCUAAGGGCCUUGCAAACCCUAGGGCAGACUCCGCACUGCCUCUACCCAAAGUCUCUUCGCCUAAAUCAGCCCAGCAUCUCCCAAGGGUCCUAGCUCCUCGACCUCAAAGAGACCCAACGAAGCAACAUGACCUCAUCCCCAGAGCGUUAAGCAUGGCAUUGCGAUCAGCGGCUGUAUUUCCCUCUCGCUGGCUAAUAUACAACCAUUCAACGCACGAGGAGGAUCCAGACGAGCGGCAAAUCGACCCGCCGACUCCUCCGCCAACAAAUUCGCUAAAUGCCAGCGCACUCGGAGAGGGCAUCAGCAGCGAAGUCGUCCUUCCUGUCUCCACUCGUAGCCUUCUUUACAGACUACCGGAAUCGCGUCCGCCUGCACAGGGACCGUCGAGAGCGAAAAACCGGCGCGGGGCCCGAGCAAUGUCCUCUUGA